AUGUGCAGAGACAGUAGUAUAAACCAUACUAUAGCACCUUCUUUGUCUUACUCUUAUUCACAUCCAUUUUCGCACAAUCCAAGUUGCUCUCUAACGCGGAAUUCCACUGAGAAUUUUGAGUUUUCGACGAGCAAAGAUGAUCAUAUUUGGAACUGUGGUGAAGGGACUAAUGGUUCUGUUCAUAGCAGGUUUAAACCAAUUGGUGAUGGUGUUGUUGGUUUGUCGAAUCAUGGAGGUGGAACCGAUAUCAGUUUGUUCAUGCAACAAGGGAAUAAUAGUCAGUAUAAAACUACUAGUUCGGAAAAUCAUUCUUUUUUUCCUUCUGAAUUGCCUGCUAGGCCUAGAUUUGAAGCUCAUUCGGGGGAUUCAAGAGGAAAUAACUCAGAGAAUCUGAGAGUGUUUGAAGGUUUAGAUGGUGGUAAGAUGAGGAAUAUUUCAAGACCAGAGAGAAUUGUUUGGGAUAUUGUUUCAGAAUCUGUCCUUAUUGUUUCACUGAUAACUCAGGAGUUUACCGGUGAAGUAAUGGCAUCAACUCAGGAAUACUUGAAGAAUUUGAUUGAGAACAAGAAAGAAGAAUUGGUCAGCCUUCAAAACCGGCUUGAGAAAAGUUCUGAUCUUACCAAGGAUAAUCUUUCAAAGGGCAAUAAAGUUCAGUUAGAGAUUUUACUUGCCAUCAAGAUGGGGCUGUCGAGCUUCUUAUACGGUAAUCUUCAAUUAUCUGAGAUGGUAGAGAUUUUCUUGUAUAGGAGAUGUAGAAAUGUUACCUGCAAGAGUUUGCUUCCUGUUGAUGAUUGUGACUGUAAGAUUUGCUCGGGAAAUAAAGGGUUCUGUAGCUCUUGUAUGUGUCCUGUUUGUUUGAACUUCGAUUGUGCAAGUAACACUUGUAGCUGGAUUGGAUGCGAUGUUUGUUCACACUGGUGCCAUGCUGUAUGUGGCCUCCAAAGGAAGCUUAUCAAACCAGGGCCAAGCUUGAAGGGGCCUUCUGGGACCUCGGAAAUGCAGUUUCAUUGUAUCGGAUGCGGACAUGCCUAA